UGUUUGGAUCUAAUUCAGGUAGGUGACAAUGGAAAGCAGUAGAAGGGCCAAGAGGCAGCAUGUGGUAGUGAUGCCAUAUCCAGGAAGAGGACACAUCAAUCCGAUGAUGAACUUCUGUAAGCUUCUGUCCACAAAAUUCUUAGUUGUUGAUGAUUUACGAAUUACAUUUGUUGUUACGGAGGAGUGGCUUGGCUUCAUUGAAUCAUCUGCUUCUGAGUCAAGAUUACCACCUCAGAUUCGCCUUCGAUCAAUACCAAAUGUGAUACCUUCAGAAUUGGUUCGAGGAUUAGACCUCGGUGGUUUCUUUGUAGCUGUACAAACAAAGAUGGAAGAUCCGUUUGAGCAGUUGCUGGACCAGUUAAUGAAAGAUGAUGAUCCGACUACUGUGGUCACCACUGUCAUAGCAGAUGCGACACUGCCAUGGGCGGUUUAUGUUGCGAAUCGGAGGAAUGUUCAAGUUGUUUCGCUUUGGCCGAUGUCUCCUUCGGUGUUCUCUAUUUAUAAACACAUUGAUCUUCUUGUUCAGAAUGGUCACUACCCAGUUGAUUUCUCUUCAGAAUGCGGGAAUGAGCUAGUAGACUAUAUUGCUGGAGUUUCACCUAUACGGUUAGCUGACAUGCCUUCAGUGUUGAAGAGAUUUGCCCGACCGUUCUUGAGCAGCGUAAAGGAAUCCGUCUCUGCAGCUUGUAAAGCAAAAUGUCUUCUUUUCACUACCUAUCAUGAGCUCGAGCCUCAAGUUAUCGAAUCAUUGAUGAAAAUACUUCCAUUACCUGUCUACUCUGUUGGCCCUUCCAUACCUCUCUCCGCUGCACUGGAGGAUGAGACCCAUAACAAUGAGAACAAGGCGGAGCACUACUACUUGGAUUGGCUAGACUCGCAACCUAAAAAUUCUGUCUUGUACGUGUCCUUUGGUAGUUUUCUAUCAGCUUCAAGUGAACAAAUGGAGGAGAUAUUGGCUGGGUUAGAUGAGAGUGGUGUUCGAUACUUCCUGGUUUCACGUGGUGGGCAGGGUUAUACUAAGAACUCUGCUGCUGAUGAAGAUGCUGAAAAUGUAUUGCCUAGUACUCAAAGUUUUGUAGUGCCAUGGUGUGACCAGCUGAGGGUACUUUGUCAUUCUUCAGUAGCGGGUUUCUGGACACAUUGUGGUUGGAAUUCGACGCUUGAAGGGGUAUAUGCAGGUGUACCCAUGCUUACAUUUCCAGUAGCUAUGGAUCAAAUCACUAACAGUAAACUAAUCGUGGAUGAUUGGAAGAUUGGAAUGAAGGUUAUGAAAGAGGUUGGAGCGGAUAAAGUGGUUAAAAGAGAGGAAAUUGCAAUGACUGUGAAGAAGUUCAUGAACUCGAACGGAGAGGAUGAAGAGAGCAUAGAGAUGAGGACAAGAGCUAAUGAAUUCAAGAAGAGCUGCAGAAAAGUGUUGGCAAAGGGCGGUUCGUCUACAACAAACCUGGACAAUUUUAUUAGAAAUAUUCUGCGGAACUAACACUAUUAGUUGAUUCAAGCAUAGGCAAAGGGUGGUUCGCCUGAAAUUAUUUACAUCUAUGUUUGUUUGCGUUUGACUCAUGAUCUCGAUCUGAGUCAACCUCUAACACGUCGCAAGUCAGAUGUCAAACCGUUUGUUUUCUAUUUUGAGUCAGAUUGGACUUGACCUUUGACUCAGAUAUGACUGAAUCAGGUUUGGAAACACCCCAGACUCAUGAGACCUAGCCACUGAGUCUGACUCACAUAUUUUUGAGUUAGUUUGACUUAGAAAAAUAAACAUAUUUAGUCCGAUCCAGAUAAGUCAGGUGAUUUCAGUCAGACCCAUACGACUAGAUGAGUCUAGUGCAAACAAACAAAAUUAUUUUAGUAUUUUUAUGACAUGCUUCUCAUAAAUCUUUUGAAAUCACUGAGCAUUGAUUUCCGUUCUCUUUUUUUAUAUCUUUUUGCUCGAUUGUUGUAUUCAGAACAUGUGUGGUGGUCGUACUUCCGCGGCACCAUCUUUAACGAAUAAAUUGACUUGCAAAAGCUA